CUUUCUUUGUGGCUUUCAUAUAAAUACCAUUGAUUAUGGAAAAUGUUACUCAUUUCUUUUGUGUUUAUUUACGGAUCAUUAUGAAAACGCUGCUAUCGAUAAUACCAUUUCUUUUAUGCAUCACAGUAGUGUACUCGCAAGCUCCUGCUCGAGUUGUGUGUUACUUUAGUAAUUGGGCCAUAUACCGACCAGAUGAGGGCCGAUAUACGAUAAACGAUAUUCCAGUAGAUUUGUGCACACAUUUGAUAUAUUCGUUUGUUGGAAUCGAUAAUGCGACAUGGCAAGUGCUCGUCAUAGAUCCUGAGAUUGACGUUUUUGAUAAUGGAUUCAAAAAUUUCACUAACCUGCGAAAAACGCAUCCGAAUAUUAAACUUCAAGUUGCAGUGGGUGGAUGGGGUGAGGGAGGUAAAAAAUAUUCGGACAUGGUUGCUGUGAAGGGAAGGCGAGAUGUAUUUAUUGCCAGCAUUGUCGCUUACAUGCACCAGUACGGAUUCGAUGGUUUCGAUCUUGAUUGGGAAUAUCCUGGUGCAACUGACCGAGAUGGAAAAUUCAGUGACAAAGAUGUGUUCCUCUAUUUUGUUGAGGAGUUACGCAGAGCUUUCACAAAAGCAGGAAAAGGCUGGGAGAUUACUAUGGCGGUUCCAGUUGCUAAGUUUAGACUACAGGAAGGAUAUCAUGUUCCGGAAUUGUGCGAACAGGUUGAUGCCAUUCACGCUAUGACUUACGAUUUAAGAGGCAAUUGGGCAGGAUUCGCUGAUAGUCACAGUCCUCUAUACAAACGUCCACAUGAUCAAUGGGCAUACGAAAAGCUAAAUGUCAAUGACGGUUUGCAAUUGUGGGAGAACAUGGGUUGUCCAUCUCAUAAGUUAGUAGUUGGAGUUCCUUUCUACGGAAGAACAUUUACAUUAAGUGCCAGCAACAACAACUAUAAUCUGGGAACGUUCAUUAAUAAGGAAGCCGGAGGUGGUGACCCUGGUCCAUACACAAACGCAACUGGUUUCUUAGCUUACUAUGAAAUUUGUACCGAGGUGAAUGACCCAUCUAAAGGUUGGACUGUAAAAUGGGACGCUGAAGGCAAAGUUCCGUAUGCGUACAAAGGGACACAAUGGGUUGGCUAUGAAAAUCCAGAAUCCUUAAAAAUUAAAAUGGAUUACAUCAAGCAAAAGGGAUAUGCAGGAGCAAUGACAUGGGCUAUUGACAUGGAUGAUUUUCAUGGGGUCUGUGGUACAAAGAACGUUCUUGCUAAAGUUCUUUAUGACAACAUGAAAGGAUAUAUUGUACCAAGAUCAACCACACCGACUACACCGACACCAGAAUGGGCGCGACCUCCUGCCACUGCAGCGACAGCGGAUAAAGAAAUUAUAUUGCAGCCUACCACUUUAGCAGUACCGACAACUACCUCAAAUGCCCCAACAAAACGAACAACAAGAAUGACUACCACCGCAAAACCUGCUACUGUCGCCACAACUGUAGAAACGAAUGUAAUUCAUGACGGAAACGACGAGGAUGAAACUGAGAAACCCGUAUCGGUUCCAAAGCCAACGGAAAAACCUAGACCUGUCCACAAGCCUACAGCAACCCAUAAGCCUGCAGUUCAGCCACCAAGUGCAAAGCCAGUUCAUAAGCCGAAUCCAAAGCCGACUCCAAAGCCAACUGUAAAACCAGAAGAGAAACCUGACGAUGACAAGGAUGUUGAAGAUACUGAAGCAUCAGCUAUCGAUUGUACAAAUCAAGAUUUUAUACCGUCAAAUAUCGACUGCAGGAAGUACUACCGUUGUGAUCAUGGUGAACCUGUUCUAUUUUGGUGCAUGCCUGGCACCAUAUUUAAUAUCGAGAAAAACAUAUGCGAUUGGUCGGAAAAUGCAAAUCGGGAAGACUGCGUGGAGUUGAGGCGGUUGCAACAACAACUUAAGCUCGGUGGUAACAACGUGAACAUCGACAUAAACAUUGACGUUAACAGUACAAAACAAUAAUUUUAAUUUUUUUUAAAUAAAAAAUUAUUUGCCGUCUGUGUA